AUGCAGAAGGUUGAUCAAAUUAUAUUGGAUGACUCAGCCUUAAGUAAAACUAAUGAGUUCAGCAUUGAGUAAAUUUAAUUAUCAACUAAUCGUACCUUAGUUAAAUUAGAUGAUAGCCUUCUGUAACUAGAUUAUGGUAGAUCUUUCUUAUAGCAUAAAGAUAGAGCUUAUUAUUAAAAGAUGUCCUCAAAUAUCUCAGAUUAGUAAACAAACUAAUGCGCUAAUUAUACAACAGAAAGUUAAGAAUUCAAUUAAUCAAAUUCAUAUUAAGAUGAGCCUAACAAUUCUGAGUAAAAAGAUAAUUCUACUAUUUAUAAUAUUGAUGAAUAUAAAAAAAAAGCCUAGGAUAAAUUAAAAUUAAUUCAAGAAUAUCUUUCUGUAAAUGAUCCAUUAGCAAUCAGCAAUGAUACAGAGAAAUAAUCAACAAAAAAAAGAAAAAUUAGUGUACAAAUUAAUCUAUUUGUUUAUUUGUUCUUUUAUUUUGUUUUUUCUAGAGUUUUUCUUUUUUUAUUAAAUAAAAAUAAAUAUUUAUUUAUUUACUCGAAUGCUAAUAUUUAUUGA